AUGAUCAGUCACGUAUUAGAACAAGCAGCAGUAGCAUCUGUAUUAUUAGCAGCCGGCCAUGAAGUUCACAUUAUUCUAGAAUCGAAAUUCGAUCGAAAUUUAGUUAAAAAGUUUAAAAAUGAAAGUAUCCAUUUACAAUUUUUUGAAGAGGAUGUUGGCUUUUUAAGGUUUUCAUCAACACUUCAACUCCUUCCUACCUGCUUUUCCAAACCAUGUCUCGGUUGCAGGUCUGACGUGUUCUCCGGCUUAACUACUGCCGAAAAAUGUUACAUGCCGAAAUCAACAGUUGCAAAGUUUCUGAGGGCAUUCGGCGCGCUUAACGAAACUGUCAUCGCCAAACUAUAUAUUGAUGAAAAUGACAACGAGCUAAAAUCCCAAAUCCCGUCAAACGUCUUAACCCUGAACUGGCUGCCUCAAAAUGAUGUUCUAGGCCAUCUUUCCACCAAACUCUUCAUCACCCAUUGUGGCAACAACGGACAGCAUGAAGCUCUCUAUCACGGCGUCCCGAUGUUGGGAUUCCCGCUCUUCGCCGAGCAGGAUGUUAACUGUAGGAGAAUGCACGUUUUGAAUUUCGAAAGAACGAUGAAUAUUUUUGAAUUUUCAGAUACUGAAUUGUUAAACCAACCAAUGACAGCUCGGGGAAAAAUUCUUUUCUGGAUCGAGCACGUGAUCAAACAUGGCGGAGACCAUUUAAGAUCAGAGGCCAUUGAUUUACCAUUAUAUCAAUUCUUAUGUCUCGAUACUGUUGCCGAUUUAGUUGUUUUUGUUGCUGCUGUUGGUUAUGCUUUAAUGAGGAUAUCUGCUUUAGCACUAAGACGAAUUUAG